AUGUGUACCAACGAUGACAAACUGGAAGAAGAAGACGACGACGACGACGAAGAAGAAAGAAACUUAGGAGCUACAGAAGCCGUUGCGUUAUCUGGUUAUGUUGAGUUUUUUUUUUUUUUCGUUUUUAUCCGCUUCGCCCACGUACUGUGCUCACCGGUAACCCACUCUUCUGGGUUCACAGUUCUCUUUUCCCGGAAACUCAUGAUGCACACUCGUCGAGACGUGAGUGGCAGGAGCGGAGACGAAGCGACGCUUUUUCGCGGCGUUCCCGGUGUGACAGCCGAAAACGCCGGCAGUCCUCCGGCGGAUAAGAAGCAUCUGAGAGGCGCUGUUGAGAAAAAUCCGAGGACCGCCACUCUGGUUUUGGAGGAAAACUGCGACGAGGACUCUGAAGCAGAGUCGUUCCGGGGAGGAAGGACCGAGGAGGUGGAUCUGGACAUCAAAUGCAGAGCUUUUUCUUGGUGCAGGGACUUUCUGUCGGGGUCGUGGAAGACCGUCCAGUUAGAGGAUUUUCAAAUCUCUGUUGUCAGUGGUGGAUUAAGCAACCUGUUGUACCUCUGUACUUUGCCUGACCACGUGCACUGUGUGGGUGAGGAACCCCGGCAGGUACUUCUUCGAGUAUAUGGUGCCAUCCUCCAGGGUGUGGACUCACUGGUGUUGGAGAGCGUGAUGUUUGCUAUCCUGGCAGAACGAACUCUCGGACCAAAACUUUAUGGAAUCUUCCCUGAGGGGCGCAUCGAACAGUACUUUCCGAAUACCCGCAUGUGCACAGAUCAGCUUUCAGACCCGUCAAUAUCGGGUGAAAUUGCCACCAAGUUGGCACGUUUCCAUAAAAUGGUGAUGCCGUUUAACAAGGAGCCUAAGUGGCUGUUUCAGACCAUUGACAAAUACAUGGAUCAAGUUAUGAAACUUCAGUUUGUACGGGACACUCAUGUGAAGAAGUACAACAGGCUCAUGAAACUGGACCUGUGUGCGGAGCUGGGGAGUCUUCGUGCAUUGCUGGCAGAGACUAAGUCACCAGUGGUUUUCUGCCACAACGAUGUGCAGGAAGGUAACAUUCUGAUACUGGGAGAGCAGGACCAGACAUCAACAGGCAAACUCAUGUUGAUUGACUUUGAAUACAGCAGUUACAACUACCGGGGUUUUGAUUUUGGGAACCAUUUCUGUGAAUGGAUGUAUGAUUAUACAUAUGACCAGUGGCCCUUCUACAAAGUCACACCAGAGAACUACCCAACCAAAGAUCAACAGCUUCAUUUUAUUCGUAGCUAUUUAGCAGAACAGAAACAAUGCCCUGAAAUAACUCUGGACCAGACACAAAUUGAAGAGCAGAUGAUAACUGAAGCUAACAGGUAUGCUUUAGCCUCACACUUCCUCUGGGGCCUAUGGUCCAUCAUUCAAGCUAAGAUAUCAAAGAUCGAGUUUGGAUUCAUGGACUACGCCCAGUGUCGAUUUGAUGCCUACUUCAAGCAAAAAAAAGCUAGUCUCCGAAACUCCACCUGAAUCUUAACCAGAAUGUACAGUCAUGAGUAGGGUUGGGUAUCAAGAACCGGUUCUUUUCGGGUAUCAUUAAGAAAUGAUUUGAUCCACCGACAUCAAUAGCCUUUUUGCUUAACGAUUCCCUUAUCGGUCCUUCAGAGCGACUGUUGUUUUGGGGGGUGUUUGUUGGGGAAAUAAUCAUGUCUCUGUCGAUUACAGAACCCCUGCAGGGUUUGUAAUCAACCGUUUCUGCAGCGCGGUCUUCUUUGAAGCUUGAAGCAUUGAUCCAACUCGCUGCUUCGUGGUUCUUUGUUUUAUUUCACUUUAUCUUAAUUUUUUCCCCGCUUAAACCCCAAAGAGCAUAU